AAUGCGCGUGGUUGAAGGUAAUGGUAAACGCGGUUUGGGUAGUGUGUGUUGCCCUAAUCGCAUGCGAGCGAGAACUUGUUCUCUUAUCCUCUCAAACCUUCUUCAUAAAUUCAUAUAUCAACAACCAUGUUUCCCCUCAUCUUUAUCUUCACGCAUCUCCGAUCUUCAAUUGUCACUCGUUUCUGGUUCAAUCAUGGAACCCAUGGAUAUCGUUGGGAAAUCGAAGGAAGAUGCUUCGCUUCCUAAAGCUACAAUGACAAAAAUAAUUAAAGAGAUGUUACCUCCAGAUGUACGCGUUGCAAGAGAUGCUCAAGAUCUGUUGAUUGAGUGUUGUGUAGAAUUUAUAAAUCUCAUCUCAUCAGAAUCCAAUGAAGUCUGUAACAGAGAGGACAAACGAACUAUUGCACCUGAGCACGUAUUAAAGGCUCUACAGGUGCUUGGAUUUAGUGAGUACAUUGAAGAAGUUUAUGCAGCAUACGAGCAGCACAAGCUGGAGACCAUGCAGGAUUCUUUAAAAGGUGGUAAAUGGAGCAAUGCAGCUGAGAUGACUGAGGAAGAAGCAUUAGCAGAACAGCAAAGGAUGUUUGCAGAGGCACGUGCUAGGAUGAAUGGUGGGGCCAUUGCUACCAAGCAGCCAAAUGGUGACCAAAGUUUAGAUACAUAACUUUAGGACCUUAAUUAUAUUGAAUGAAGCAUAUGACCACCGCUGACUCCUGUCUGUGCUUCCAAUGAGCGAGCUCAAUUGUGUACAAAAGCAUUCACUAGUUUGCUGGCCAAUGUGGAUGUGAUCUCCAUUUGUAUUCUAUCUAUGAGUCCAUAUUUGUAAGUCAAUGUAAUUAGUGAGAGUUCAUCAAACCCUCUUCUUUUUAGAAUCACUUGUAAUUAUUUUAUUUACUUUUUGUAUCUUCUACACACAAACUGCUUGACAAUAGCUACUUUGUUAGAUUGUAAUACCUCAGUGUCAUGGUGAGUGUCAAUUUAUUAAAAAAAAAAUUGUUUUAAAACGAA